GCUGCGGUGGAGGCAGGAGCAGAGUUGGCAUUUCCUGGCUGCUCCCAUGGUUAGGCAGUGGGGCAGCAGAGGCUGCUUCUGACCUGUCUGCUGGGCCUCGUUUUCAGCCUGUUUGAAAGCAGUACGUUGUUACAGAGUUUGAGAGCUACAAAUCCCACAGACCUACUGGUAAGGGUGUACCUGCCUUCUGUUGUAAGCAGAAUGCCCUGACCUUCCUGGGCUGUUGGCACCGGUAGCUGUGGCUAUGUAAACUUCCAUCAGCAGCACAGCUGAUCCAGCAGCUAUGACUAGAAAAUACAUUCCUCCUUCCACCUCCAGGUGGGGCUUCUGACCACAGGGAGCAAGCUUGAAACCUGCAGUGGGAUGUACAGCCCUGCAGGCAGCUCAGCUCCUGGGGAUUACAUCAGCAAGGUCUCCUCAGAAAAAUGUGCCCAUGUCCCACGGUGCCUUUGCAGGGAAGCAUUGCCUGGUUUUGUAUCCAGUUCCUCAUUCAACUUACACACUACUUUUUUGGCAAUUUAGUGACCCGGCAGCCAUCAGGGUUAGUUGCUUGAAGAGAAAUGAAAUUGAAUAAAUCAAUUAAAUCAAGACUGGCAACAGCAAAGCAAACCUCAGCAACAAAAGCAGCACUUGAUGAGGUGCCUGGUUCCCUCAGCCCCAGCUCACAACCUCAGGCUGCUACCUAGAUUUAGGCAUAUGAGUAGGAACCUCUCCAUUUGAAGUGAGUGCAUGUAGACUUUGUCAGGUCAGGAGACCCAGCUUCAGAGUCUGGGAAACUGAUCACUGCUGCUGAUUCAUUUAGGCCCUGGGGUUGCAGCAACAGUGUGGAGCAGCAGCACUUCUUAAAAUAAAUUUGACACCAGAUUGCAAAGAGCUUUAUUGUCAGCAUCCUAUAAAGUUCCUUCUGUUGCUCAGAGAUCUUGCUGUGUUUUGUGUGAGCAUGUGUUUGUUUUUCAAAAAAUCCUUUGAACAUUUGGCUCAUAUCCUUGACAGACACAGCCCUCCAUCACAUCACUGACCUCAGGGUGCUGAACCACUGCUUCAGAGAACCCCUGGGCUGCCAGCACCAACCCAGUGGCCAAGUGCUGUGCUCACUGCUCUCUUUUCAUGGCUUGUGCAGUUCUUAUGGAGUAGAGAUGAGGCUUUUCCUGAAGAGCAUGGAUGCUGGGGACACUACGUUUAGCCAUGUUUGAUGGAAAAGCUCCCUGGCUCCUUUGAAAACCUGUGUUACACAAUGAGGUGUGCAGCCAGUAGGGGAGGUCUCUCCUAGGACCUAUUCUCAGUUGUCUUUCUUGGACAGCAUCAGGUCUACCUUUCCUGGAGUGCUAAGUAUUGUUAAGCAAAAAUAGCAAAAGGAGUAAUGAGUGGUUCAGGAAGCAGCCUGCAGCAUGGGAUGCUAAUAAACCAUGAGCUGCUCUGCUCUGCCUGCUGCUCCAGAUAAAUUUUUGUUAACCCCUUUAUGAAGCUUUCUUUGCUUUGUUAAGAAAUAAUCCGGGAUUUCCCUUCCUGGUCAUUAUGUUUGCUAUGUUUUAUCCUUCUCCAGGGCUUGUCAGCCAUCACAGAGACAGCUGGAGAGGAGUCAGAGCCCUCCUGUACCCCUCUCCCCCUUCUUUCUUUUUAAAGUUUCUCUUAAUGAAACCUAAAGCAGAGCAGAGCGUUCCGUGUGCAAGGCAGGGAUUAGUGAGCAUCUGCUGUCAUCCUCCCUGAAAACAGUGCCACGUGUUUCCAGCCUCGGGGGGCAGGAGCAAGGGCAGUAUUGGAGCACUCAUGGACAGGGUGGGAGACGACCUGUUCUCUGAAUAGGUUCUCUGAACUCUGCCCUAAAGAUUACAGCUGAAUAUUGGGGCAAGUGUGAACGGCUAGAUGAUGGGCUUGCUGUGGCUGUCCAAGCUCUCAGCAGUUCACAGGGAGCUUUGCCUGUGGCCAAGUAACCAGCCAGCCACAGGCUAUUCAAUCAAAAGAUGUGCGAGCACUCCAUCCUUCGGGUUGUUUGAAGAUGGUGUCUUACACCUAGCCAGGCCAUGGCUUACGUCCAGCCUUCUGGAAAUGCUCUUGGCUGCAGCCUGAUGAUGCACAUGGGCUGUGCUGCUGCUGAAACUGCCUCUGCAGAGCCUGCCUUUGCUGCCCUCAUCUCUAUCUCACUUCCAGAAUAGGAGCUAUGCACAGUCAUUCUUCUUGUUUUAAUACCUUGUGUUACGAGUGGUAACUUGUGUUACUAGUGGGGGAAAAUAAUAAAUGGAUACGCAUAGAAUUUAUUUACUUCAUAACUAUUCUUCCUCGAGGUUUACAUAUUUAGCCAAUAAACAUGCCUUUUAUAGAAGGAGCUUUAUGCUUUGCCUUCUAAGCAGAUGCAGCAUUGCUGAUUUCCUGGGAUCUCAGGAUCAUAAAAAUUACAGAGCGGAGCAGUGUGAAGAACCAGCAGGAUCCUGUGCUGCUCCUCUCCUGCAGCCCAGUGAGGACUGUAGUCCCCCUGCAGUGCACUCUCUCUGAAGCUCAUUUUGCAUCUUUUAUUGCUGAAUUUCCUGACUGCACCUCCUGGCCUCUUUCAUUGGUUUCACCUGCUCUUGGGUGUGAUGUUCCAUGUUUUCACUCAGGGCAGACUGAACACGAGCAAGGCAUUUUCUGUAUGCAGGGUUGCGGAGGGGAGCAGCCCAGUGUGGUGGGGUCUGCUUGGAGAUCCUCAAUUAAGUGGCAGUAGCAGAGUUCCCAGCUGCUCUAGCCCCCGAGUCCCAGUGGUCUGAAGUCUCCAUUUUGGCUCUGACGUUGAGUUGUAUCUCGGCUACGUGCUGCUGGUUGAUACUGCACCCUUUGGGAUGUGUUGCUGGUUAAUAUUCCAGUGGCAGCAUUCCCUCAAAACCAACCCCAAGGCUGCCGUAACCAGUGGGAUUUUUCUUGAUUGGUGCACGCAGUGUCCGCUGAGCUCUCCCCUCCCAAGCAGGAAGCGACAAAGUCAGCCUGUUGCUGAAUUGAAUAGAAGGAAGUCUGCACACUUACGCAAAAAAAUUGGCAGAAGUUGGAUCGCGAACGAAACAACAAGUGCUGCUGCAGAGAUUAGAGAAAUUGCAGGGGCUGGUAGCUGUCUCUGGGGGAGAUUUACACAGCUUUCUGCGCAGGAUUAAUUCUUCCAAGCCAUUACUUUGCGGGUGGGCGCACCUCCGAUCAGCACCCCACGCCGCUCUGACUCCGCUAUCUCCGUCCGUUCAUUGCACUCUGAGUCCAACAUGUCCUUGCGCUCAACGUUCUCACUCCAUGAGGAAGAGGAGGAGCCAGAGCCACUGGUGUUUGCUGAACAGCCGUCCGUGAAGCUGUGCUGCCAACUGUGCUGUAGUGUGUUUAAGGAUCCAGUCAUCACAACCUGUGGGCACACGUUUUGUAGAAGAUGUGCCUUAACAUCUGAGAAGUGCCCUGUGGACAACGCCAAGCUGACUGUGGUGGUGAACAACAUUGCGGUGGCUGAGCAGAUCGGGGAGCUCUUCAUUCACUGCAAGUAUGGCUGCCGGCCUGCAGCCAGCAGUAAGCCUGCUGCCUUUGAGGUGGACCCCCGUGGAUGCCCGUUUACAAUUAAACUGAGUGUCAGGAAAGAUCAUGAAAGCAGCUGUGAUUACAGGCCAGUUCGUUGCCCCAAUAACCCCAGCUGCCCACCUCUCCUGAAAAUGAACCUGGAGGCACAUCUGAAAGAGUGCGAACACAUCAAGUGUCCCCAUUCCAAGUAUGGGUGUACAUUCAUAGGAAAUCAAGACACCUAUGAGACCCAUUUGGAGAUGUGCAAGUUUGAGGGUCUGAAAGAGUUUCUGCAGCAGACAGAUGAUCGCUUCCAUGAGAUGCAGGUGGCAAUGGCCCAGAAGGACCAGGAAAUUGCCUUCCUGCGCUCCAUGCUGGGGAAGCUCUCGGAGAAGAUUGACCAGCUGGAGAAGAAUCUGGAACUCAAGUUUGAUGUGCUGGAUGAGAACCAGAGCAAGCUGAGCGAGGACCUGAUGGAGUUCCGCAGGGAUGCCUCCAUGCUGAAUGAUGAGCUCUCCCACAUUAAUGCUCGACUCAACAUGGGCAUCCUUGGAUCCUAUGACCCUCAGCAGAUCUUCAAGUGCAAGGGGACCUUUGUGGGGCACCAGGGCCCCGUCUGGUGUCUGUGUGUUUACUCCAUAGGAGAUUUGCUCUUCAGCGGCUCUUCAGACAAAACCAUUAAGGUGUGGGAUACCUGUACCACAUACAAGUGCCAAAAGACCCUGGAAGGUCACGAUGGAAUUGUACUGGCUCUCUGUAUCCAGGGGAACAAGCUAUACAGUGGCUCUGCUGACUGCACCAUUAUUGUCUGGGAUAUCCAAAAUCUGCAGAAAGUGAACACGAUCCGAGCGCAUGACAAUCCUGUUUGCACUUUGGUCUCCUCGCACAACAUGCUGUUCAGUGGCUCCCUCAAAGCCAUCAAGGUCUGGGAUAUCGUGGGUACCGAGCUCAAACUGAAGAAAGAACUGACAGGUCUCAAUCACUGGGUGCGAGCACUGGUGGCUUCUCAAAACUAUCUGUACAGCGGAUCGUACCAAACCAUCAAGAUUUGGGACAUCCGAAACUUGGAGUGUGUGCAUGUGCUGCAGACAUCAGGAGGCAGCGUCUACUCCAUUGCUGUUACAAACCACCACAUCGUGUGUGGCACCUACGAGAACCUCAUCCAUGUUUGGGACAUAGAGACCAAGGAACAAGUCCGCACACUGACUGGUCACGUGGGUACAGUUUAUGCCCUUGCUGUCAUCUCCACACCAGAUCAAACCAAAGUCUUCAGUGCAUCAUAUGACCGGUCUCUCAGGGUGUGGAGCAUGGACAACAUGAUCUGUACUCAGACGCUGCUGCGGCACCAGGGCAGUGUCACUGCCCUUGCAGUCUCCAGGGGCCGCCUCUUCUCUGGCGCUGUGGACAGCACUGUAAAGGUCUGGACGUGCUAGCGAGAGCCGCCCUAGUUCUACACACUGAAAGACCAAAAAUGCCUCCCUCCGUCGGCCUGCUGGGUGAUGCCACCACUCCGAAGAACUGCUGCAGCUCCUCUCUGCACCGAGCACUGCCCGCUGCUGCCUGUCAGCUGCGGUUCUCCCCCUUGCAAGGACCCCGGCGGGCAGCUCUCAGGAUAGAUCUGGCCCACGGAUGCUCCAGUUGUUCCCUCGGAUCUGCCACGUGGGAAUGCAGAAGAGCUGCAUGGUGCCCUCACCGCAGUGUGCCGGUCAUAUUGGCCAGCACCGGGACCCAGUGGUUUGGGUGGGCGCAGGUGGGGGCUGGGAGGUGGUCCCAUGUAAAUGGUAGAGCUGAGCAUUAGGCCGUGCCCUGGGUUAGGUCCCCAAGCCCUUUCUGUCUCUAGUAUUUAAUUUUACUGCCAAGAUGUCAGGCUGAUCCAUCUGGGAAGAGGUGUUUUCUUGAGUAGCCAGGUACGAUUUUUACGCCACUGCUAGUUCUCAGAUAACACAAGCCCAUUGUUCACCGCCCUGUAAUAAUGGUUUCCACAUUAAAGAGAAAAAGCCUCUGUUGCAUUUUUACUCACAUUUUCUACUGUUUUUAAGAUUGUAAUAUAGAUUUGAUUAUUUCUUCAUUGACAAUAAAAGUGGAAAGAGUU